UCGAGCAGUCGCAAAAGCGUUUGUCGUCAAUCACGGAGCGAGAGAAGGGGCGGUUUUUUUCCUUCACAAAGUAGUUGAAGGGUUACAACAGUCCCACUCGUGGGAUCUGGGACCCUUUUGUAAAGUAGUUCACGGAUGGAUACGUAGCUUGACAGGACUGUAAGGGCCUAUGAAGUAGUUCCGCCGCUUUGGCGGAGAAUUUCUCACUUGUAAAAUAGUGCGCGGAGGGAUCUGGGCCGCGCGGCCUCAGCUGAUCGGCGAGAAGGUGCCGGAGAGAAGCGGAGACACUGGGGGGAGCGUGGCGGAGACAGAGUGAAUGGUAGUAUCUAGAAAGGGUAUGUCCCUUCAGGAGAGAGGUGCCAAUGUCCAGCCGGCUUAAUAACAAUCCAGGGGGGUCACUGCGACGUUCACAGAGGAACACUGCUGGGACCCAGCCGCAAGAGGACACCGCAGGAGGAAGCAACAGGUCUCAGUUAGAUCAGGCAGAACAUAAGACCCCUAACCUUCCCGAGAGCAGAAAAUCUCUUUCUAAGACCCCCAAAGUGCAAUCUAGCACAGCUUCUGGUCAGCCCAGGGCAUACAGCUCUAAAAGGGGCUGUAGCUCAUCUUCUGUUUUAAUACCACAGCCAGAAGAUUCUGAAGGGAUCAGCAUCUCAGAGAGUCAGAGACUUAAAAAAGACAAUUCACGUGGUGUGAAACGCAGCGCCAGCCCUGAUUAUAGCCGUACUAACUCCCCUAGCUCUGUUAAGAAACCCAAAGCACUUCAGCACGCCGAGUCCUCUGCAGGGACGAGGCGACCAAAUAACAAACCUAAGAAGAGACCAGUUGGCCAGGAGCAGCCAACACCACUCACACCAUUGCCAUCUACAAGCAAAGCCCAAGGCAGGAAGGGUGGAGUCCCCGGCACUUCCCCGCUCCACAAAAGGAAAAAGACAGAUAACUCAUCUGGUGUGAAAAUCACUGAGGCCGUUAUAUCGACUGGUGCAGAAGACAGGCCUCCUAAACCUAGCAAGCUGGCUUCAAAAUCGGCCACCUCAGCCAAAGCUGGGUGUAGCACCAUUACCGAUUCUUCUUCUUCUGCCUCCACUUCUUCUUCCUCUUCCUCCACUGUCGCCUCUGUCUCUUCUGCUUUACCUGCAGGUGCCCGAGUGAAACAAGGAAAGGACCAGAGUAAAGCCAGACGCUCCCGUUCUGCUUCCAGCCCAAGUCCACGUAGAAGCAGCCGGGAGAAGGAACAGGCAAAAGCCAGCAGCUCUUCUAAAUUUGACUGGGCGGCUCGAUUCAGCCCUAAAGUUAGCCUCCCAAAAACCAAACUUUCCCUACCUGGGUCUUCCAAGGCUGAAACGUCGAAACCUGGACCCUCAGGAUUACAGGCUAAACUAGCAAUUUUCCAUUUUGUUCCAGAUUUAAGGAAAUCCACGAAAAAGCGCAGCGAGUCUCCACCUGCUGAGCUCCCCAGCCUGCGGCGGAGCACACGCCAAAAGACCACGGGCUCCUGCGCUAGUACCAGUCGGCGAGGCUCUGGCCUGGGCAAGCGAGCAGCAGCUGAAGCUCGCCGACAAGAGAAAAUGGCCGAUCCCGAUAACCAAGAGGGUGCAAAUUCUUCUGCUGCUCGCACGGAUGAGACUGCUCAGGGCGCAGCAGCUUCUAGCUCCGUGGCAGGUGCUGUGGGGAUGACCACGUCGGGAGAAAGCGAGAGCGAUGACUCUGAAAUGGGACGUCUUCAAGCGUUACUGGAGGCACGUGGUCUUCCUCCUCACCUCUUCGGCCCACUUGGACCUCGUAUGUCUCAGCUGUUCCACAGGACCAUCGGUAGUGGCGCAAGCUCCAAGGCACAGCAGCUGCUUCAGGGUCUCCAGGCCACCGACGAGAGUCAGCAGCUCCAGUCGGUCAUUGAGAUGUGCCAGCUGCUGGUCAUGGGAAAUGAGGAGACUUUGGGAGGAUUCCCAGUGAAAAGCGUAGUGCCUGCACUGAUAACACUGUUGCAGAUGGAGCACAAUUUUGACAUUAUGAACCAUGCAUGUCGAGCCUUAACGUACAUGAUGGAAGCACUUCCUCGCUCCUCUGCUGUGGUUGUAGAUGCCAUUCCUGUCUUUCUAGAGAAGCUGCAGGUCAUUCAAUGCAUUGACGUGGCUGAACAGGCUCUCACUGCUCUUGAAAUGCUGUCUCGUCGGCACAGCAAAGCCAUUCUGCAGGCUGGAGGACUUGCUGAUUGCUUAUUGUACCUGGAGUUCUUCAGCAUUAAUGCACAGAGGAACGCUUUAGCCAUAGCAGCCAAUUGCUGCCAGAGCAUCAGUCCAGACGAAUUCCACUUUGUUGCUGAUUCUUUGCCGUUGCUGACCCAGAGAUUAACCCAUCAGGAUAAGAAAUCCGUGGAAAGCACUUGCCUCUGUUUUGCACGACUGGUUGAUAAUUUUCAGCACGAAGAGAAUCUCCUGCAGCAGGUCGCUUCCCGGGACCUGCUCACAAACAUCCAGCAGCUUCUGGUAGUGACGCCGCCGAUCCUGAGCUCGGGCAUGUUCAUCAUGGUGGUCCGCAUGUUCUCUUUGAUGUGUUCCAACUGCCCCACGCUGGCUGUGCAGCUCAUGAAGCAGAAUAUUGCAGAGACCUUGCAUUUCCUUUUGUGUGGAGCCUCAAACGGUAGCUGCCUGGAGCAAAUUGACCUGGUCCCGAGAAGUCCCCAGGAGCUGUAUGAACUCACCUCGCUUAUCUGCGAGCUGAUGCCGUGCUUACCGAAGGAAGGGAUUUUUGCCGUUGAUACGAUGCUUAAGAAGGGAAAUGCCCAGAAUACAGACGGAGCGAUCUGGCAGUGGAGGGAUGACCGUGGCCUCUGGCACCCAUACAGCCGGAUAGACAGCCGCAUUAUCGAGGCAGCCCAUCAGGUUGGUGAGGAUGAAAUAAGUUUGUCUACACUGGGGCGUGUUUAUACUAUUGAUUUUAAUUCUAUGCAGCAAAUCAACGAGGACACCGGAACUGCACGUGCUAUUCAGCGAAAACCUAACCCUUUAGCCAAUGCUAACACUAGUGGACAUUCUGAAUUAAAAAGGGAUGAUGCUAGAGCGCAGCUGAUGAAAGAGGACCCCGAGCUGGCCAAGUCUUUUAUUAAGACGUUAUUUGGAGUGCUUUACGAGGUGUACAGCUCCUCCGCCGGGCCCGCCGUCAGACACAAGUGCCUUAGAGCAAUCCUUAGGAUCAUUUAUUUUGCUGAUGCUGAACUCUUGAAAGAUGUGUUAAAGAACCAUGCAGUGUCAAGCCACAUUGCUUCCAUGCUGUCAAGUCAGGAUCUCAAAAUUGUGGUGGGGGCUCUUCAGAUGGCCGAGAUCUUGAUGCAGAAGCUACCGGACAUAUUUAGUGUGUACUUCAGGAGAGAAGGUGUUAUGCAUCAAGUUAAGAAUCUGGCUGUGUCGGAAACAUUGCUAACAAGCCCACCAAAGGUUUGCACAAAUGGCUCUGGAUCAUUGAGCAGCACCACGGCCAUCAGCGCUGGGACUGGCAGUGUAGCCGGCAAUGCUGCGGCCGACCUGGGCUCUCCCAGUUUACAGCAUCGCGAUGACUCCCUGGACCUCAGCCCACAAGGACGGCUGAGUGAUGUCCUGAAAAGAAAGAGGCUGCCAAAGCGUGGGCCGAGGAGGCCUAAGUGUUCCCCGCCUCGUGACGACGACAAGGUAGACAAUCAGGCGAAAAGCCCCACAACUACACAGUCCCCCAAAUCAUCAUUCCUGUCCAGCUUAAACCCAAAGACCUGGGGCAGGCUAAGCACACAGUCUAACAGCAACAACAUUGAACCUGCGCGUACAGCAGGGGUCAGUGGAUUAGCAAGAACGGCUUCCAAGGAUACGAUCUCCAAUAACAGAGAGCGGAUCCGCGGAUGGAUAAAGGAGCAGGCCCACAAGUUUGUGGAGCGAUAUUUCAGCUCCGAGAAUAUGGAUGGCAGUAAUCCGGCCCUCAAUGUGCUACAGAGACUCUGCAAUGCCACAGAACAGCUCAGUCUCCAAGUGGAUGGUGGAGUGGAGUGCCUUGUAGAAAUCCGGAGCAUAGUGUCGGAGUCCGACGUCUCUUCAUUUGAAAUCCAGCACAGUGGGUUUGUGAAGCAGCUGCUUUUGUACCUCACUUCAAAAAAUGAAAAGGACAUUGUAAGCCGUGAUGUUCGUCUCAAGAGAUUCCUGCAUGUUUUCUAUUGUACGCCUCUCCCCGGAGAGGAGGCAAUUGGGAGAGUCGAGCCGAUAGAAAACGGUCACUUGCUGUCACUCAUUCACAAGAUGAAUAACUGUCUAAGUCAGAUGGAGCAGUUCCCUGUCAAGGUGCACGACUUCCCAAGCGGAAAUGGCACAGGGAGCCGAGGAUCCCAAGCGCUAAAGUUCUUCAAUACUCAUCAGCUGAAGUGCCAGCUACAGAGACACCCAGACUGCACCAAUGUCAAGCAAUGGAAGGGGGGUCCGGUUAAAAUAGACCCACUGGCCCUUGUACAAGCAAUCGAGAGAUAUUUAGUUGUCAGAGGGUAUGGCAGAGUGAGAGAGGAUGAUGAGGACAGUGACGAUGAUGGCUCUGAUGAAGAAAUUGAUGAGUCUUUGGCUGCUCAGUUCUUAAAUUCUGGGAACGUCCGGCAUAGACUACAGUUUUACAUCGGAGAUCACCUACUUCCUUACAACAUGACUGUAUACCAGGCUGUGCGUCAGUACAGCAUACAGACGGAGGAAGAGCGCGAGUCCACGGACGACGAGAGUAAUCCCCUGGGUAGAGCUGGCAUCUGGACCAAGACCCACACAAUAUGGUAUAAGCCUGUCAGAGAGGAGGAAGAGAGCACAAAGGACGCUGUGGGGGGAAAGCGAGGUCGUGCCCAGACCGCGCCAACCAAAACAUCACCAAGGAAUUCAAAGAAACACGACGAGUUGUGGCACGAUGGAAUGUGCCCAAAAGUUACAAAUCCUUUAGAGGCAUACCUCCUCUCAUCACCUCCUGAAAACAUCACUUUUGAAGAUCCCUCUUUAGAUGUGGUGAUCCUCCUGCGGGUGCUCCAUGCCAUCAGUAGAUAUUGGUAUUAUCUGUACGAUAACGCAGCCUGCAAAGAAAUAGUACAAACUGGUGAGUUUAUCAACAGCAAGCUGACUGCAAAGGCCAACCGGCAGCUGCAGGACCCUCUGGUCAUCAUGACGGGAAACAUUCCUACCUGGCUGACGGAGCUUGGUAAAAGCUGUCCAUUUUUCUUCCCGUUUGAUACGCGGCAAAUGCUAUUCUACGUGACUGCAUUUGAUAGGGAUCGGGCUAUGCAAAGACUGUUGGACACGAACCCCGAGAUCAACCAGUCGGACUCUCAGGACAGUAGAGUGGCUCCGAGACUGGACAGGAAAAAGCGCACUGUGAACAGAGAGGAGCUUUUGAAGCAGGCAGAAUCUGUGAUGCAAGAUCUGGGGAGUUCUCGGGCCAUGUUGGAGAUCCAGUAUGAGAAUGAAGUUGGAACAGGGCUCGGGCCCACUUUGGAGUUUUAUGCACUUGUAUCUCAGGAAUUACAAAGAGCCGACCUUGGCUUGUGGCGAGGUGAAGAAGUAACACUUCCCAAUCCAAAAGGAAAUCAAGAAGGGACCAAGUACAUCCACAGUCUGCAAGGUCUGUUCGCUCUUCCUUUUGGUAGGACGGCAAAGCCAGCACAUAUUGCUAAAGUCAAGAUGAAGUUCAGAUUCCUUGGCAAAUUGAUGGCCAAAGCAAUCAUGGACUUUAGACUGGUGGACAUUCCUCUUGGGCUCCCGUUCUACAAGUGGAUGUUACGGCAGGAAGCCUCCCUGGCUUCUCAUGACCUGGUAAACAUUGAUCCAGUUGUUGCCAAGUCUGUAUAUCACCUGGAAGAUAUAGUGAGACAGAAAAAGAUGCUGGAGCACGAUAAAGCACUGACCAAAGAAAGUCUGCAGUUUGCACUUGAGAGUCUGAAUAUGAAUGGCUGCUCGAUUGAAGACCUAGGAUUAGACUUUACGCUGCCUGGAUUCCCUAACAUUGAGCUAAAGAAAGGAGGGAAGGAUGUUCCUGUGACCAUUCACAAUCUGGAGGAGUAUGUGCGGCUUGUAAUAUACUGGGCGCUGAUUGAAGGGGUUUCCAGACAGUUUGACUCUUUCAGAGAUGGCUUUGAAUCGGUCUUCCCACUUAAUCACCUUCAGUAUUUCUAUCCAGAAGAGUUGGAUCAGCUCUUGUGUGGCAGUAAAGCUGAUCCUUGGGAUGUAAAGACUCUGAUGGAGUGCUGCAGACCAGACCAUGGAUACACGCAUGACAGCCGCGCCGUGAAGUUUCUCUUUGAGAUCCUCAGCAGUUUUGACAGUGAGCAGCAAAGGCUGUUCUUGCAGUUCGUCACCGGCAGCCCCAGACUUCCAGUCGGAGGUUUCCGAAGCCUGAACCCUCCGCUGACGAUAGUCCGCAAGACUUUUGAAUCCACCGAAAACCCGGACGAAUUCCUCCCCUCCGUUAUGACCUGCGUCAACUACCUAAAACUGCCAGACUAUUCUAGCAUUGACAUUAUGCGUGAGAAACUGUUAAUAGCCGCACGCGAAGGACAGCAGUCAUUCCACCUAUCCUGAUCCCGAGGAGUUUACCACAAAGCCCACCUGAACGAUUAACAAAUCAUGAUUUCUUUUCUUAAUGUAUCACCAGAGUCGAGGCAGCGUGUUACGCCUUAUUGUAGAGAAACCCAAUGCAGAUUUCAAACACAAAAAGACAAACACAAGACCCAAUAAAACAGCCCUUGGACAUCUCACACCGAUCAGGCUUGGAAGAUUUGUGGCGCAAGUUGGUUUAGACCGUUUUUGUUUUUUUUUUUCUUUUUUCCUUUUUGCUUAAAUUAUCCUUUAUUUGAAGAGUGGAAUUUUAAAAUGCUUUGCAGUGUGAAUACAAAUGAGGAGUAUGUAAAACAAAAAAAAAUUAAAACGGGGGGGAAAAAAAGGAACGUGUUGGAGCUUUAAUUGAUGCAAUUAAAAACAAACAAAAAAAAAAAAAAUUCACUAUGUAUCCAUUUAGUUAAUAUAUGCAGGUCACCUACCUCUGCCACCUGUCCCCUAUCCAGGUACAGUUUUGGCUCAGAAAUGGAGACUCGCAAAAAAAAAAAACUUUGGGGGAAAAAUUACAAAGUUACGCAUAUAUUUCUCCUGUGCAUCACUGUUUCUAACCCUGAUUUCUAACAUGCGUGUGCAGUCUGAUAACGUGCCCCUCAUACUUAGUUUGUUUUAGGAGUCGGAGGGCAGAUCACAGGCCGCUGUUUCCAACUGAACAGCCAAUCGUGGCGUUGGAAUCGGCAAAACUGUGGAGGCCCUGUUGGUUGAUUGUUUAUAAUGGCCUUUUUACACAUCCUUAAAACUGUUUACACAGUAUAUAUAAAGCGCUGAGUGAUGUUUGUUUCUUCUUCUUCUCUUUGAUUUAAUAUUGUAAAAGAAAAAAAAACGGCUGGACUGUAUUUAUCCCAAUACAGCCACAGCAUUUCAAGUUAUUGUACAUUUUAAAUCCUAUUCAGAUACAGUUUAAUUCUCUGUUUAAAGUAAUUUCUUUCCUCUUCAGUUUUUUUAUAUAUAUAUAUAAUUUUUCUGGUUGUAGUUUGGGGGGAGUAAAGAGUUGGAGAUGUUUUGACACAUGAAAGCAGCUGUUCUACAUGUUCUGUUCUAUGUGCUGAUUUCUCAGAUCUGCAAUAAUCUACUUCAUCAGGUUCAUGUUUUUACCUGAAUAUAAAUAAAACCGAAAAAGUUUGCUUCA